AUGCCUAUCAUUUUAAUGGAGAUUCUUCAGAUGUUUGUCUUUCUUUUACCGGAGAAUUCUGGAGAUAGGGUUAGUUUCUCUGUCACCAUUCUUCUCUCAAUAGCUGUGUACUUGACCAUAGUAAGUGAACAAAUUCCAAAAUCAUCGGAACCUGCUAUUUCUGUAUUGGCAAUAAAACUUUUUGCUGAUCUUUGCAUUGGAUGUGUUGUUCAAGUUUUUGUGAUCAUAAGCCAGUAUACGUACACCCGAGAGAAACCAGAGAAACGAGAGGUCCAGGAAAUCGAGAAAGUAAACUGUUGUGAUCCCAAAAUCUGGGCACAAAAGAAAGACUGGACAGCUAUUGCAUACUGUCUAGAUAUAACAUUUGCCAUGGUGGCAGUUUGUGCUAUGUUGGCUUCUAAUUUGUAUUUGUUUGGUAGUUUUAUGUAG